UAUAAUUAAAACGAACGUAACAGCAGAGAAGCGCGCGCAGUCACAGCCUUUGCUGGGAGGAAUCGACGGGGCGAGGGAGAGGAGAGGACGAUAUUAUGGCGGAGGCCGAGGAGGCGGCGCUGCAGUUCACGCCGACGUGGAUCGUGGCGGCGGUCUGCUCGAUCAUCGUGCUCAUCUCCCUCGCCGCCGAGCGCGGCCUCCAUCACCUCGGCAAGACGCUCAAGAAGAACGAUCAGAGGUCGCUCUACGAGGCCCUCCUCAAGGUCAAAGAAGAGCUGAUGCUUCUGGGGUUCAUCUCCCUGCUGAUGACGGCGUUCCAGGGGACGAUCCAGCGGACGUGCAUCCCUCCCAGCUGGACGGUCUACAUGCUCCCGUGCGAGAGGCCAGGGGAUCACCAGCCUACAGGGGUCGCCGCUCGUUUUAGCGCCGCCGAGAUCCUCGCCGGGAUCAGCAGGGCACGGGUGCUCAGCGAGGGCGGGGCUGGAGCCGAGGCCGGGCUCUGCCAGAAGGAGGGAAAAGUUCCACUGCUGUCGGAAGAAGCCUUGCAUCAGCUGCACAUCUUCAUAUUUGUUCUGGCUGUGGCGCAUGUCUUCUUCAGUGCUACAACCAUGCUUCUGGGAGGUGCAAAGGUAAAAAGGUCGCGGUUAAGCGCAGAACGCUUGUUGCUCUUGCCGGCUGCUGAUUACGUGCUGUGUUUAUCUGUUACUCAGAUACACAAAUGGAAGCAGUGGGAGGAGGAAAUUCAGAAAAACAAUGAUGCAGGAAACGGACCUAAGAAGGUGCUACCUAUGCAUCAACUUUCAUUCAUUAGAGAACAUUACAAGGGGAUUGGCAAAGAUUCUCUGACAUUGUGUUGGCUGCAAUCAUUUGUUAAGCAGUUUUAUGGUUCAGUAGCUAAAUCAGACUACACCACAAUGCGUCUUGGUUUUAUCAUGACUCACUGCCGCGGAAAUCCAAAAUUUGAUUUCCAUAGAUACAUGAUGAGAGCUUUAGAGUCUGAUUUUAAGAAAAUAGUCAGUACAAGCUGGAGCUUGUGGAUCUUUGUGGUGAUAUUUCUGUUGUUGAAUGUCAAUGGUUGGCACACAUAUUUUUGGAUGGCUUUUCUCCCCCUUGUUCUUCUGCUGGCUGUUGGCACCAAGCUGGAGCACAUCAUCGCUCAGCUUGCCUACGAUGUAGCCACGAAGCAAACGGCGGUCGAGGGCGAUUUGGUUGUGAAGCCAUCAGACGAGCACUUCUGGUUCGGGCAGCCACGAAUCGUGCUGCACCUGAUCCACUUCAUCCUCUUCCAGAACGCAUUUGAGCUCUCAUUCUUCUUCUGGAUACUGAUGACCUAUGGAUUCCACUCCUGCUUCAUGGACCACGUCGGUUUCUUGGUGCCGAGGCUCGUUCUAGGGGUCGUCAUCCAGCUUCUCUGCAGCUACAGCACCCUGCCUCUGUAUGCAAUUGUAACCCAGAUGGGGAGCUACUACAAGAAGGAGAUCUUCAACGAGCACGUGCAGCAGGGCGUCCUGGGCUGGGCGGAGAAGGCCAAGAAGAAAUCAGGGCUGAGGGAGUGCCACUCCGCGGUCGAAUCCAUGCAUGGAGACGGCGCCGAUGCGGCUUAGUAUUGGAAUGGUGAAAUGGGCAGCUGGGGAAGAACAAUGAGGCAGUUGGAAACACGAAGUGGUAGUAGCUUUUGCUGUAUGCUCCACAGCAAUGGCUCGCAUCAUGUGUAGUUUUCCUGUGUUGCAAGGCAUAGACGGGACACAAUUUUCGCUGAUAGCCACUCACAGCAGCCAUAAAUAGUGCUGAUAUAUCUGUAGUCACACAAGUAGUCAUCUGCAUCGAAACUUACUCAGAUGAUCAUGAACGAUGAACCUGACACUUUUGAUGAUGAUGCCAUAUUUUUA